UCUAAAUCAAAGCUUGGCAGCAAAGUUCUAGUGGACAUAUGAGGAAGGGAUAAAAAUGAAAACGCAUAUGGUCUUUCAUUUUCUGUUAUCAGCGUUGUGAUGUUUGCGACAAAUUACUUUGUGCGGGAGAUUGAAGAUAUCAUUUUCAUGACUACCAAGAUAGACGGUUACACGGUUUUCUCUUUCUGAUAAGCUACUAAACUCCUUGAUGCAAAGGUGAAGAAGGACAAGACACUUCAAUUGAGUCUUUCUAGGGCAAAUCAGGAGAUGCCGAGGCCGGUGACAGUAAAACAGUUUAAGAGUUUCCUAGGAAAAGUGUCUUACAUCCGCUGCUUUAUCCCCCAUCUGUCUGAGAAAGUCAUCACAUGUAUCUCUUGAACAAAGAUGCUAAGUUUGUCUGGGCAGAGCACUGCGAGCAAGCAGUUCUUAAGAUAAAGAAGGAACUCUUGUUGCCACCGACUCUCAUGGUACCUAUCCCAGCCUACGUUAAUAUUUGGUAGGGCGUUUUCUUUGGCAUGCUUAUUCAAAUGCUACUGCCAUAGUUAUGUGAAAGUGUGCAUGUGCGGAGGAUGACUAUUGUUUCUCAUGGAUGCAUAAUUGGACAAUCUCAAUCAGGGCCUCCAUCAGAAAAUGAGUGGCCUUUAAUGGAAAUGUUCUUUUGGAAACAUCAGAUAGAUGGAGAUGACGUAUAAUUUGAAGAUUAUGCUUUCUUGUGGAAAAACAUAGGAUACUCUAUCCAAGGUAAGAUUGUACAACUAAUUCAAUUUGUCCUUGAGGAAAUGGGGAAAAGGAAGAUCAGUUCGAGAUUAUUUAUGAUGUGAAAUGGGACUAAAUUUUCCUGACCCUAAAGAAAAAGGCAGAUCCAUGUGGGGUCAGUACUAUCUUAUGACGACCUAUAACCAAACACUAGGAUCUAUAAUAGUCUUAUGGAGUCUUUUUACUUUGUUUACUAUUUGGCUCUUAAUGAAGUUUUAGUAAUGUUGAGGUGACUGGUGGAUGAGGCCAAAGUUGAUGUUCAUUUUGACUAACUGAAGGCUACUAGUGGAUAUCACACCAACCAACAUCAAGAUAUAAAGAUCACACUUAUUAGUGCAGAAAACAGUACACUCCAAAAACAGAUGGGUGAUAAGAAGCAGGUGGAAAUCUUGUAAUUAGACUUGAGGAAAAAGUUUAUCUGUGAGAAAAUGGACAGUUGGGAUCAAUGCAAGGCUGGAGGGUCGAAGGACACCUCCUUUGUGGUUCCAUGGCCUCCUUGUGCUGAGUCUGUUUCUUCAUUCCAAUGCCAUAGUUAUAAUCCAUGGUCAAUGCGAUUUGGAGGGAUUCAAGAGGAUAGAUCAGGUGCAAGUGCUUCUAGGAGCCAUAGCCAAGCUGAGAAGCGCCGAAGGGACAGGAUUAAUGCACAGCUUGCUACUCUCAGGGAACUCAUUCCCAAGUCUGAUAAGAUGGACAAGGCAGCUCUGUUAGGGAGUGUAGUUGAACAUGUCAAAGACCUAAAGAGAAAAGCACUGGAAGUGAGCAAAACCCUUUCAGUUCCGUCAGAUGUGGACGAAGUCACCAUAGAUUGCUUCUCGGAUGUUCAAGAUGGAAGCUCCACUGCCACCAGUACCAACAAUAUCUACAUCAAGGCUUCUGUUUGCUGUGAUGACCGACCAGAACUAUUUUCAGAGCUCACACAAGCCCUAAAAGGCCUGAAACUCAAGACGGUUCAAGCCGACGUGGCUAGCCUGGGAGGAAGAAUCAAGAGCAUCUUGGUCCUUUGUUCUAAUAAGGAUAAUAAAGAGGUUGCUUGCUUGAACACUCUUGUUCAGUCCCUUAGAGGGGUUUUGAGCAGAAUUGCUGGUUCAUCAUCUUCCAUGGGGUCAAGCUAUCGCAUGAAAAGCAAGAGGCAGAGGUUCUUCUUGCAUUCUCACUAGUCACCCAUUACAUUAUUGAAAAGUUACUGGAGUAAUGCCAUUAUAUUUUUGACAUAAACAGUGGGUGAACAUUACCUCAUUUGUGUGCGGCCCCAUGUCGGAUCCCACCUCAAUGAUCAAAUGAAUUAUUGUUGAACUUGAUUUUUU